CGGGUUGCCACCACAGAGGCCAUAAAUGAUCCAAAAUAAAUUUACUACGAACAAUAGGAGUAAAAACUGGGCCACUCUGUAGAAGUUGAGGAACAUACGAGCGCGUAGUUCGGAAGGGCGAUGUCCAUGCUGCAAUUCAUCGCUCCUGAUGGUGACCGCAUGGUCAGACGGGAUCUCAGGAGGCCUCUGUUGUUUUAUGGUAUUGUCACCACCGUGGUGGGCGUCUGUGUGGGGAUACUUCUAGGACGCUUCGCCUUCUGUCCCGCGGAGGACCCGCCCACAAAGGUUGCAAAGAACGGAACUUUCCUUCCUGGCAUACCCGACUCCAUUAUUAAAGAUGGCGACCCUGGGAUAACAGCGCGACUGAUGAAUGAAAUUAGUAAUAGAAACAUUGAAGAAUUCCUUAAACACAUAACAUCGAAACCUCACGUGGCGGGGUCAGAAAACAGCCUUGACCUUGCUAAAUGGACCCAGGCUAAAUGGAAGGAGUGGGGUUUUGAUGACGUCAAGCUAACGCCGUAUGACGUUCUUCUGUCCUUCCCCGACGCCAACAAUCCUAACGUGGUGCGCGUCCUUGACGACGUCGGGGGUGUUGUUUACGAGUCUCCUCUAAGGGAAGCCAACUUGACUGGUGAAGAUGACCCCACUGCGCUGCCGCCGUACAAUGCUUACUCCCCAGCAGGCCUCAUACAGGGGGAUAUGGUGUACGUGAACUACGGGCGGGUGGAGGAUUACAACUGGCUGAAGAAUCACACAAAUAUUAAUGUCACAGGCAAGAUUGUCAUUGCCAAAUAUGGCAGGAUCUUUAGAGGAAGCUUGGUUGAAAUAGCUGCCGAUCACGGGGCGACUGGCGUCAUCAUCUAUUCAGACCCCAAGGACUACACACAGAGUGACACGGGGGUGUACCCAGACAGCCUGUUCCUGCCUCCAUCCGGUGCACAGAGGGGGACAAUCUAUGAAGACUACGGAGACCCCCUAACUCCAGGAUACCCUGCUACAAAGUCGGCCUACAGAUAUUCUGAAGACUCUCCAAAUGUAAAGCUUCCCAGGAUUCCAGCACACCCAAUAGGAUAUGGCAUUGCUGAGAAAAUCCUCGCGGAGAUGGGCGGCCAGGAGGUUCCCCCUGACUGGCGAGGAGGGAUCAACAUUACAUACAGACUCGGGCCGGAGCUGAGGUCAACAGGAUGGAAAAUUCAAAUCAACAUAUCCACGACGAAUGUGAUAAAAACAGUUCACAAUGUGAUCGGCACUAUCAAAGGGGCUAUUGAACCAGAUCGGUACGUUCUCAUUGGAAAUCACCGUGACGCCUGGGUAUACGGGGCUACAGACCCGGGGAGUGGCACGGCCGUCAUGAUGGAGGUUGCACGAGUAAUGGGAAACAUGGCCAAGGCUGGGAUAUGGCGGCCCCGGAGAUCUGUUCUGUUCUGUAGCUGGGCAGCGGAGGAGUAUGCGCUCAUCGGUUCCAAUGAAUGGGCAGAAGAAUAUCGCAAAGUUUUGAGGGAAAGGGCUGUGGCGUAUAUCAACCUCGACACGGUUGUUACAGGAAACUAUUCUCUCCGUGCUGGUGCCACUCCGCUGAUGUACCGCGCUGUAUAUGAAGCUGCCAAGAAGGUACCUAAUCCGAACCAUACAGACACCGAUCACCCAACGCUGUAUGAUAACUGGCUGCUGAAGAUGGAAUGGGCGGAUGAGGACGGGAACAAUCUGAACAUUCCCAGGAUUGGUUCCUUGGGAUCUGGAAGUGAUUAUGCAACCUUGGUUCAACUCACUGGGAUUGCAUCCGUGGAUUUGGGCUACAAAAUGGAUAAUUCUAAGGGUCGGGUUAAGUUCUUCGCCUUGUACCACACCAUAUACGAAACAUUCUACGCAGUAAAACAUUUCAUCGAUCCCAACUUUGAGUGUCACCGCGCUAUCUCCCGGUUGUCUGCGGAGCUUAUACGUUCUCUUGCCGACUCCCUCAUCAUCCCUUUCAACGUCAGCGACUACAGCUGGGCCCUCAACAAAUACUGGCGAACACUGGACACAGAACAUGGGGCCAAACUCAGGGACAAUUUAGAUAACUAUGAUGAACUUAAGGACGCCAUAUCAAACUUCACGAGGGAAUCUCAAAGGUUCAAAGAAAGACUAUCGUCACUGAACAAGUUUGAUCCCCUGGCCACUCGUGCUGUGAAUGACCAGCUGCUUCUGCUAGAGAAGGCGUUUCUGGACGAUGAGGGAUUGCCGGGCCGACCCACGAGGAAGCAUCUGAUUGUUGCCGAGAGCAGCAAAAACGCUUAUGCCGGAAGUAGUUUUCCUGGCCUCGUUGACCUUCUUUUUGAAAUCGCUACUGACCCGGACGUUGAUGCUCGAUGGACACGUGUAAAGCAACAUUUCUCAGUGCUCCUCUUUACCAUCCAAUCAGCAGCCUCGACGCUUAGUGAUGUAACCAGGUUCAUGCCUGUUAUAGAAUAAAACAUUCUGAUGUUGUAAUACUUCAUCUGCAUGUUUUCUUUGUAUACCUGUGUCCUUGUGCAUAUAAGUGGGAAGACAGCAAAACAUAUUUUAGAGAUGUAUAUUCUUCUGAAUCGUUAUUAGACAAAGACUUGUAAUUGAUAUGGCUUCAUGAUUAUUUCAAAGAGAUGUUAUAUCGUGUGAUGUCUUGGGUUGUAAACACAGAUAUGAUAUAUUUGUAACCCAUGCGGUGACCAAAAUGGCAUUCUUGGUUGUGAGGUUCGGUUGGAAAAUUUGAUGUCGGCAAUAGUAAUGAUUGAUGCAAUUGAUUGAUGCGGGUAAACAUAGCCUUAAAUAUUUCAUUAAUUUAAAACAUAGCGAAUAGUUUCUGUCAUUGAUUAUAUAAGUAAACGUGACAGGGGAAAAACUUGAUCUGAUUUGAUCAACCAAUAGCCAUUCUAGGAAAGGAGCGCAAUACAGGCUCAAUUAAAGUUUGAGACACAGAUGCAUAGAAUGAAGUUUUUCUGUGACUAUAUAUGUAUCUUGUAACAUUUGGAUUUAUUCUGGCAAUAAAAGAACUAUAUAUACACAGAAGAAAAG